AGGGGAGGAACCAAGGAGCGGGCGGAACCUUUGUGCUUCCCUCACAGCCAGGAGACCGUGUUUCUGCCCGGGCCGCUGUCUCCGACGUACCCGCAGCCGGGCAGCGCUUUGCCACGUCUCAGAGGGAAAGGAACAGCGGCAGCGGAGGCUCGUGCAGCCGGACCGAACGUCCCUCCGGCGCCGCCGCCGCCAUGGUGUCUGUAAUUAAUACAGUAGACACUUCCCAUGAGGAUAUGAUACACGAUGCUCAGAUGGAUUAUUAUGGCACGCGGUUGGCAACCUGCUCCUCAGACAGAUCAGUUAAAAUAUUUGAUGUACGGAAUGGAGGACAAAUUCUCAUAGCUGACUUAAGAGGGCAUGAAGGCCCUGUGUGGCAGGUUGCUUGGGCUCAUCCCAUGUAUGGAAACAUCCUGGCUUCCUGUUCCUAUGACCGGAAAGUUAUUAUAUGGAAGGAGGAGAAUGGUACAUGGGAAAAGGCCUAUGAAUACACAGGACACGAUUCAUCAGUGAAUUCUGUGUGUUGGGCCCCACAAGACUAUGGUCUUAUCCUUGCUUGUGGCAGUUCUGAUGGAGCCAUCUCUCUGUUGAACUACACUGGUGAUGGACAGUGGGAGGUGAAAAAAAUCAGCAAUGCACACACUAUUGGCUGCAAUGCUGUUAGCUGGGCCCCUGCUGUUGUGCCAGGAAGCCUCAUAGACCAGCCGUCAAGCCAAAAACCAAACUACAUCAAGCGUUUUGCUUCAGGUGGCUGUGAUAAUCUUAUCAAGAUUUGGAAGGAAGAAGAUGGUCAGUGGAAAGAAGAACAGAAACUAGAAGCUCACAGUGAUUGGGUCAGAGAUGUGGCCUGGGCCCCCUCCAUAGGUUUACCAACAAGUACUAUUGCCAGCUGCUCACAGGAUGGCAGAGUGUUUAUCUGGAUGUGUGAUGAUGCCUCAGGAAACUCAUGGUCACCAAAAUUGUUACACAAGUUCAAUGAUGUAGUCUGGCAUGUUAGCUGGUCUAUCACUGCUAAUAUUCUUGCAGUUUCUGGAGGAGACAACAAAGUAACUUUAUGGAAAGAAUCGGUAGAUGGACAGUGGGCAUGUAUCAGUGAUGUUAAUAAGGGCCAAGGAGCAGUAUCUGCUAUUACAGAAGGGCAGCAGAAUGAACAGUGACAGAUUGGAUGAACAGCAAUCAAGAAUUUUCAGUCCAAGAAGUCAACAUGAUUUUUACUACCUUUCUAAUUAAACCAGAUUUUCUGAAUCUGCACUUCACAAAAAUAAACUCUGGAAGAACAUUCUGUACCUGCUUUUGUUCCAGCUUUACACCUUAUCAUUUCCCCUGUAGUGACACUUUGUGAAAUUCAAAGCAAACUAUACAUGAUAUUCAAUAUAUUAUACUUUGCUGUAUAAUUCUUCUUUUUGAAUAAAGGUUCGUUUUCUUGA